AUGUGGAGCAGGUGGUCCAUCGGAGGUGGAAGGCGGAGCAGGUGGUCUAUCGGAGGUGGAGGCGGAGGUGGAGCAGGUGGUCCAGGCGGAGCCAGGCGGAGCAGGUGGUCCAUCGGAGGUGGAGGCGGAGCAGGUGGUCCAUCGGAGGUGGAGGCGGAGCAAGGUGGUCCAGGUGGAGGAGGUGGAGGCGGAGCAGGUGGACCAGGAGGUGGAGGCGGAGCAGGUGGUCCAUCGGAGGUGGAGGGAGCAUGUGGUCCAGGCGGAGGUGGAGCAGGUGGUCAGGCAGGCAGGUGUCCAUCGGAGGUGGAGGCGGAGGAGGUGGAAGCCAGAGGCUUAGGUGGAGUGGAGCAGGUGGUGGUGGAGACAGGUGGUCCAGGCGGAGGUGGAGCAGGUGGUUCAGGCAGAGGUGGGGGAGAGCAGGUGGUCCAGGCGGAGGUGGAGGUGGAGCAAGUGGUCCAGGGGGUGGAGGUGGAGAGGUGGUCCAGGCGAGGUGGAGCAGGUGGUCAGGCGGAGGUGGAGGCGGAGCAGGUGGUCCAGCAGAAAGUGGAGGUGGAGCAGGUGGUCCAGGUGGAGGUGGAUGUGGAGCAGGUGGUCCAGGCGGAGGUGGAGGAGGAAAACACAUAA